GAAAAACUCAUAUCGGCCGUUUCUAACUGUAAAAGAGAGAAGCACAUUCUGGUCUGGGACAGAGCAAACAUCAUUGGAACAGAGGAAAACAAACAUCGUCCCUGGAUUAAAGAGACAAUCGAAAUACGGAAACAUGCCCACGGGACUAUAAACUGGGACGAGGGGGCUUUUUUACUCUUACACACGUGGGAUACUGUCCUGAGGAAGUUGUUGGACUGCAGAUGGUGCUGUCAUCCUGCCUCCACAGGUAGGAAGACACAUCACAGAAACAUCACAUGACCUCUCUGAGGAAGAGCAUUAGUGAGCAGUCCAAACUGUCAGAAACCCACAGAAACCACCGGAUACCACUAUUACUAGCACUACUACAACUGCAGCCAUUGAGAAAAAAAAGCACAGUCCCGAAUCCUGCAUCAAACAACAUGGGACAGAAAGAGGAGAGAGGAAGCAGAGCUGGAGGAGCAGAGGAGGUUCGCUGAAGUUAGAACUCUGUGGAGCGAGAGACCCAAAUAUGAAAGCCAAAACUGGAACUGUGGUAUUUCUGCUUUUUGUAAUCGCAGUGAUGCAGACGGCUGGUCUGGACGUGUGCUCCUCAUGUCACGCCAACGCCACGUGUGACGACAAAUUGGACGGAUCGGGCAAAGUCUGCAACUGCAAAUACGGCUUUGUAGGCAACGGGCGCACGUUCUGUCAAGACAAAGACGAAUGUCAGAUAGGCUCGGUGAAGAUUUGCGGGCAGCACACAACCUGCCACAACACGUACGGGAGUUACUAUUGCACCUGUCUGGUCGGAUACAGGCCCUCCAACAACAUGGCCACCUUCAUCCCAAACGAUGGAACCAACUGUCAGGAUAUUGAUGAGUGCCAGAUUUCUGGAAUAUGUGGAGAGGGAGCCGUUUGUAAGAACCUGGAGGGGAGAUUUGACUGUCGCUGUCAAAUCGGAUACAAAGUCCAUGGGGGAGCAGAGCCAUUUCACCCACAUAAAGACAAAGCUACAUGCAAAGUUGUUGAUUGCGGAGCACCUCUUUUACCUGGGGAUGCUGUGUUGGUGUCAGUCACUAAACACACUUUCGGAGGUGUAGCCAAGUUUAAAUGUGACCAGGGUUUCAUUUGGAGAAGAGGGGACAACGCUUCUGUGUGUGAGGCCAGUGGAAGGUGGACAGCGCCCUCAAUAGACUGUGAAGAGGUGGACUGUGGCCCGCCUCCGGUUCGGCUUUACUCACAAAUGCUCUGGGACGGUCGCUCCAAAUUAGGAACGGAGGUGGUUUAUCGCUGUGACUUUGGAUAUCGAAAUGUAGAAAGGAGAGAUGUGUUUUACUGUAAUGCCACUGGACAAUGGGACGUCCCACCUGUCCUUUGCCAAGAGAUUUUGUGUGGAACUCUCCCUGUAGUUGAUAACACAGUUCAUGUGUGGGAUGGAAAAUUUACUCUAGGAAGUACUGUGGAAUAUUAUUGUAAAUAUGGCUUUUAUGACAAUGGAGGUCAUAAUUCAUCAGUUUGUAUUGAAAACGGUAAAUGGACUCAACCAACUCUGUCAUGUAAAGAGAUUUUGUGUGGGAAGCCACCUUUGCUGCCCCACACUGGCCAAAUGUGGAACAGCAGCUCAACUCCAGGGAGCACUGUUGCUUACUUUUGCAAUUCUGGAUUUCUUUACCUCAGUGGCAGUAAUUUAUCCAUAUGUACAAUUAAUGGUUAUUGGACUACAGCAACCAUCUUGUGUAAAGAAAUUAAUUGUGGAUUGCCUCACCUUGUCCUUAACUCAAAAAUGUUAUGGGAUGGGCACUCCACUUUUGGAUCUUCAGUUGUUUAUCAAUGUAACAUUGGUUAUCAAAGUUUUGGGAAUAACAGUGUGUCUUUGUGCUUGGAAAAUGGUCAAUGGGAGAAACCUGCUGUUGUCUGCAAAGAAAUACAUUGUGGGAGCCCUGUGAACAAAGCCUUUGCUAAAACACUAUGGGACGGCACAGGGCGUGUUGGGAGUGUCGUUUAUUAUGAAUGCAAUGAAGGGUAUUAUGCCCACAGUGUGAGAAAUGUCUCUGUAUGUGAAGAUAAUGGAGUUUGGGAGGACAUUGAACUCAUAUGUGAAGAGAUACGUUGUGGCCUGCCUCUAACUGUCCCAAACACUAACCUCCGAUGGGAUGGCUCCACUAACCUGGGCAGUGUGGUGUGGUACGAAUGUGGUUCUGGAUUUUACCCCGAGAGGGAAAUGUCUGCAUGUUCAAAAACAGGACAAUGGGGACAGGUGUCUCUCAUCUGCAAAGCUAAAUGUGGCCCUGUGCCUGCUCUUGCCCAUGCAGAGGUGGUUUGGCAGAACCGAAGUGUGGUGCUUCACAGAUGUGAGACGGGUUAUCACAGCUGGAGAGGCACUAACACCUCCAUAUGUGACAGUAGCACAGGGCUGUGGAGGCAUGCCACUAUCACGUGCAUCGAAAUAAAGCCACCCAUCAACCAUUUCCAUGUUCUGAAUGAGAGAUGCCUUCACUGGAAAGCGGAGAAGUACGAGGAGGCUACAGAAGAUUACAAGAUUAUAUUUACAGGAUCUAGAGAUUACCAGACAUCUUUUCUGGACAAAAGAAGGCACAUUUUAAGCUCAAAGGCCGACCAUGUGAAAGUCUGUCUGAACCUGCUCCCCAUAACAAACUACAGCAUCUCAGUCACAGCCAAAUCAGCCAAAUUCACUGUCACUGCCUUCACAAAUACAAGUUUAACAGUGCCUCCAGCCCCUGUGGUCCACUACAGAGAGUUUGAUACUCCAGUUCCAACGUUGACUUUGCAAAGAUCUCCCAGCACGCUUGACCCCAUAAGCAUUUACCAAAUAUUUGUACUUCCGGUAGAUGGUCUUAUGGUGUUUGACUGCUCCUCUCCUCAAUUAUCCACUGACCAAUACCACACACACUACAUUACUGCUGAAGUCCACAUGAAAAACAUUGGCACAGAGAUGUCAUUUACUGUAGGGGAUGGACGUUUUUACCAAGGGUUCUUGAACACACCACUGGAGAACGGCAGGGACUAUUACAUCAUCCUCCGAUCUGUGAGCGAGUGGGGGAAAGAGUCCAAAAGUUUGUGUGUUCUGUGGGCAAAAGUGAAAGGGUCCUCUUAUGUUCUGACAGUCUCUUCUCUGUCUGGUGCUGCUGUGGUUGGACUGAUCGCUUUGGCCUUUUUAGGAGGAUACAGUUACUUUGGGUUAUUCAAGAAACUGUGAUGAUUGUAAAAAUAUUGUAAUGAUUGUAAACUGUGUAAAUAAAUAUUAAACAUAUUUUGUUUAA